AUGAGCAGAGAGGUGAAACUGAGCAGGAGUGCAUUAGAUGACGAUCCAGAUCAUUUCAAGAUACAAAGGCAACAGGGUGUAUUUGGAAUGAGAGACAGCAUUCAGUGGGCAUAUUAUGUAAGGAUUUGGCAGCCGUGUGGGAAUAGAGCAAAUUUUACAACAGUUUAUCUGGGAUCACAAAAGAUCCAAGAUGCCAAAGCAAUUCAGAUAGAAAAGAAUGAGAGUGGAGGCAUGAUUCCUGGCUUCAAGUUUGCAAACAAAAACUCAAAACAAGAUGCAACUGUGUGCAGCUCCCGAACUGUAGGUUCUGAUUUUGGCAUCAGUGAAUGCACAUGGGAUGGGGCUACAGCUGAAGAGAUUCUUAAAAACUGUUUAAAUUUCGUCAAGGACUUGGGUCUUUCUGCCUUUCAAAUGUCUGGUGGCCUAAUAGGGGUGUAUAACGGAGAGUCACUGGUGUUUGAGGAAAUCCAAUGGUUUAUAAUUAACAUGAUUAAGUUAAUUUGGCAUUAUGGACUUCAGUCCCUUUGCAUGCACAUGUGGGUGGAAGAUGUAUUAGACAAGUUUAUGAGGAUCUACCGCUCCCAGUCUCAUGACUAUGCCUUCAGUAGUGUAGAAAAGUUACUGCAUUUUCUAGGAGGGGACAACUUCCUUAGAAUGCUUAACCAAACACUUCUUGAAACCUUGCAGAAAGCAGGCUUCUCAGAGAAAUUUCUUCGUGAAGUUGUUGCUCCUAUCAUGAGGGUCUGUUAUGGCCAAAGCACGAACAUCGGUGGCUUUGUAGGGGCAAUGUCAAUGUCUGCUGUUGAUUCUGGUCUUUGGGCAGUAGAAGGUGGCAAUAAGCUGUGCUCAGGGCUCCUUCAGGUUUCUAAAAGCAACCUUAUAUCUGGCUCAGUAAUAUACAUAGAGGAGAAAACAAGGAACAAGAAUACAGGAAACCCCACAAAGAUGUAUGAAGUGGUGUAUCAAAUUGGAUGCGAGACCCGGUCAGACUUGUAUGAUAUUGUCUUGGUGGCCACUCCAUUGAAUCGAAAAAUGUCCAACAUAACUUUUCUCAUCUUUGAGCCUCCCAUUGAGGAAUUUCAUCAAUACUACCAACAUAUAGUUACCACACUCAUUAAGGGGCAGUUGAAUUCAACUAUCUUUACUUCUAGAACCUUAGAGAAGUUUGAUCUCAGUGCAGUCUUGACCACUGAUGAUUCAGAUUUGUUCAUUAACAGCAUUGGGAUUAUAUCCCCUGUAAGACAAAAGGACAGUCCUCCACCAUCCACAGAUGGGACUCAUGUUUGGAAGAUCUUUUCCCAAGAAACUCUUACUAAGAGACAAAUCUCAGAGCUCUUUCUGUCCUGUGAUUAUGCCGUGAAGCAGCCAUGGAUUGCAUAUCCUCACUAUAAGCCUCCAGAGAAAUGUCCUUCCAUCAUACUUCAUGAUCGACUGUAUUACCUCAGUGGCACAGAGUGUGCAGCAAGUGCCAUGGAGAUGAGUGCCAUUGCCACCCACAAUGCGGCUGUCCUCGCCUAUCACUGUUGGAAUGGGCACAAAGACAUGAUUGACCAAGAGGACUUGUAUGAGAAACUUAAAACUGAGCUAUGA